AUGAAUUCAAUAAGAUUAAUUGUAAAUUCUUUUGAUAAUAUACUACCUGGUAAAUCAAAUUAUAAAUUAACUUCACAAAUCAAUAAUGAUGAUAAUGAUCAACAGCCAGACCAAAUAGAUGAACAACUGAAGAAUCUACCACAACUAGAUACCACUAAUGACAUAUUAGACAAUAUUGAUGAAUCAAAAGAUUUACAAGAUCAUACAACUAAUAUAAUCAAAGGACCAUGCAAAUUACCAAAUUCAUUAAAAAUUGAACAAGAACAACAGGACCAACAGGAAGAAGAAGAUUUAGAUGAAUUAGAUAUUGAAAAUGAAGAUGAAGUAAAUUUAACAGAUCAUGAUGAAAAAGAACAACAACAAAUAAAAGAAUCAUCAAUAACAACAAACAAACCACAAUCAAUUUUCCUAAAUUUUCUUUGGGCAAUAUGGAAAAUUAUUUUCUUUUUACCAAAUUAUUUAAUUAUAAAACCAAUUAUAAUAAUCAUUAAAAUUAUAAUUUUCCCAUUCAUUUUACUUAAAUCAUCAUUAGGAUUUGGUAAUACCAAUAAAUCAAAUAUACAAAAUAAUCUAACAUAUGAUGAAAAAAAUGAAGAAUUUGAAUCAAGUGAUAUAGAAGAUGAUCCAUUAGUUACAAGAGAAAAAACAAAUACCAAAUCAAAACAACAACCACCACAAUCAAAAGAACAAACAACAAAACAAAAAAAUCAACAAUAUAAUGAUUAUGAAGAUGAAAAAAUCUUACAAAUUAAAAAAGAUAAUAUAUUAUUAAAUAAAAUAAAAUCUCCAACAUCAUUUUCAAAAUAUAUGAUACCACCACCACAAAGAUUAUAUCCAUUAUCACGUAAUCCAACAAAAAAACGUAAAAAAAAAAUAUUAAUAUUAGAUUUAGAUGAAACUUUAAUUCAUUCAAUUUCAAAAUCAUCACCAAGAAGUUUUUCAGGAGGUAGAAAUUCAAAUACAAAAGUUAUAGAAAUAAAAUUAAAUAAUAUAAGUUCUUUAUAUUAUGUAAAUAAGAGACCAUAUUGUGAUUAUUUUUUAACUGAAAUUUUUAAAUGGUUCGAGCUUCAAAUUUUUACAGCAAGUGUUAAAGAAUAUGCUGAUCCUAUUAUAAAUUGGUUAGAAGAAGAAAUUAUUGAAUCAUUAAAUAAACAAAAUUAUUUCACCACCACCAACAAUAAACCAGAAAUAUUCACAAAAAGAUAUUAUAGAUCAGAUUGUUCAUAUAGACCAGGAAUAGGUUAUAUAAAAGAUCUUAAUAAGUACAUAAAAGAAGAUGAUUUAAAAAAUGUAAUGAUUUUGGAUAAUUCUCCAAUAAGUUAUUCAUUACAUGAAAAAAAUGCUAUUAGUAUUGAAGGUUGGAUAAAUGAUUCAAAUGAUAAAGAUCUUUUAAAUUUAUUACCUUUAUUAUAUAGUUUAAGUUUAUGUAUUGAUGUUAGAUAUAUUUUAGGAUUAAAAGAAGGUGAAAAAUUAUUUGAAUGA